AGCGGAGAAGCCCCCACCGCCCUUGAAGGCAUGACUUCUGUUGGAGAUAAAGCUGCUGGCAGUAUGCAGGGAGACUCUGAUGGUCCUGAAGAAGCUCCUGAAGUUCUGGAUCAUCACUAUGAACCUGGCAUGGAUCCAAACCUCACACAGCCAGAGGGGGAAGCCCCCCACCCUCCUCAGGAGCAGACCCCCACAGAGAGAGCGUCCAAUGAGGACGACACCAGGAACUCAGAGAAGAAGGAGCAGAAGGCCCUUCAGUUGGUUCUGAAUGAGUUGCUGCAGCAGCAGAAGCACAGACCGGGCCGACGGUUCAAGAAGAAAACGCUCAUGAAGAUGGCCAAACUGCUGGUCAUCGCUAGAGGGUGGGACGGAGAGGCGGGGCCUCCCGUCCUGAAUCAAGACGCUCCUGUAGCCACAGGAGGAAACCUGUUACCUGAUGACAUCAUAGAGGCACCUGACCAUAGUGGCGUGUUGGAUCCGAGUUUAGCCGAGCAGCAAAAAUCCGCCGAAGAUGAGAAAUCAGAAACUGGAAGCGGGGGCCACUCGAUUCCAGAUCUGCAGGUCGCCUCCAGGUCUAAUAUGAAGAUUGAAGAAGAGGAGACUGGCGGCGAGCUGCAGACGUCUGCUGCUUCAUGUCUGAGCGGAGAAGCCCCCACCGCCCUUGAAGGCAUGACUUCUGUUGGAGAUAAAGCUGCUGGCAGUAUGCAGGGAGACUCUGAUGGUCCUGAAGAAGCUCCUGAAGUUCUGGAUCAUCACUAUGAACCUGGCAUGGAUCCAAACCUCACACAGCCAGAGGGGGAAGCCCCCCACCCUCCUCAGGAGCAGACCCCCACAGAGAGAGCGUCCAAUGAAGACGACACCAGGAACUCAGAGAAGAAGGAGCAGAAGGCCCUUCAGUUGGUUCUGAAUGAGUUGCUGCAGCAGCAGAAGCACAGACCGGGCCGACGGUUCAAGAAGAAAACGCUCAUGAAGAUGGCCAAACUGCUGGUCAUCGCUAGAGGGUGGGACGGAGAGGCGGGGCCUCCCGUCCUGAAUCAAGACGCUCCUGUAGCCACAGGAGGAAACCUGUUACCUGAUGACAUCAUAGAGGCACCUGACCAUAGUGGCGUGUUGGAUCCGAGUUCAGCCGAGCAGCAAAAAUCCGCCGAAGACGAGAAAUCAGAAACUGGAAGCGGGGGCCACUCGAUUCCGGAUCUGCAGGUCGCCUCCAGGUCUAAUAUGAAGAUUGAAGAAGAGGAGACUGGCGGCGAGCUGCAGACCUCUGCUGCUUCAUGUCUGAGCGGAGAAGCCCCCACCGCCCUUGAAGGCAUGACUUCUGUUGGAGAUAAAGCUGCUGGCAGUAUGCAGGGAGACUCUGAAGGUCCUGAUGAAGCUCCUGAAGUUCUGGAUCAUCACUAUGAACCUGGCAUGGAUCCAAACCUCACACAGCCAGAGGGGGAAGCCCCCCACCCUCCUCAGGAGCAGACCCCCACAGAGAGAGCGUCCAAUGAAGACGACACCAGGAACUCAGAGAAGAAGGAGCAGAAGGCCCUUCAGUUGGUUCUGAAUGAGUUGCUGCAGCAGCAGAAGCACAGACCGGGCCGACGGUUCAAGAAGAAAACGCUCAUGAAGAUGGCCAAACUGCUGGUCAUCGCUAGAGGGUGGGACGGAGAGGCGGGGCCUCCCGUCCUGAAUCAAGACGCUCCUGUAGCCACAGGUGAAGAUGGUUUAGUAGAAACAACGGCUGCUUUAAAUCAACAAGAACUACACAAGGAGCAUCUUGAAACUCAAAAAGAGGACUUGAACUUAUCCCAGCAGGCCAGUGGAGCUUCCAGGACAAAGGAGGACAAGGAAAGCUGGUUGACCAGCUCCCGGUCCAACAGAGAAGGUUUAAUGACUCAGACCAAUGAAGAACAGAAUCCAGGAACAUUCAGAGUCCUGGAAGCUCACCGACCAAGGAAUGGGACGAAGAAAGCUUCCAGAACCAGCAAGAACAAGAGAGCUGAGCCAAAGCCUCCAGAGGAAACAUCUGCAGAGAAGCAGAAGAGACAUCAUGGAGCUCAGACAGCAGUCAGGCUCCAGAGUGAAGAGGAGGUGGCAUCAGCUGAGCAGGAUGAAGGUCUGAGAGGAACAGUGACCAUCCUGACGCUCACUAAGGUGAGAAACAAGAAGCAGCUGGACAAUGUGGACGGAGCUGAAGGUCAUCAUGGAAAGAAGAGGAAGAAGAGGAGGAACAGCACAGUGACAAAGCUUGCUCAGACCAAAGCUGAUGCUGAAGUCUCUCAGAGACAAAACCUGCAGGAGCUCCCACCAGGAGGCGCUGUUCUGCCGGGUCGGACUACAGUAAAGUCCAACCGUCCAAAACCCCGAAGACGCAUAGCUGAUAAAGCGGUUCCCCCACCUGAAGGUCUUCUGAGGGAGCGUUCACCUGCUGAAGGUUCAGAGCAGACCCGCGUCCAACGGACCGCCGCCAAAAUGGGAAAGUCAAAGAGUCGCAAACGCAGAGCGGAGCCGGAAUUCAGCGCCCUGGAAAGUUUUCCAGAGAAGAAGCAACACGAAGUUUGGUUUGGAUCUGUCAGCCUGAAGGAGGAGGAAGGGGAGCAGCCGAUCGAGACGAUCAAGAAAAGGAGAGGAAGGAAGAGAAAGGAGGAAUGGACAGAGGACAAGCUGCAAAGUUCAGAGCCGCCGACCAACAAGACGGCUGCUGCUGAUACAGCUGAGGGGGGGCAGCCUAAACCAGCAGUUCAGGGAGAAAGAAAGCCAAGAGGAAGGAAGAAGAAGAUAAAACUAGAACUUCCUGAGAAACGCUCCGAGGAAACUCGGGAAGAACAUCUGAAGACUCUGAAUGACCUAAACUCCAAGACAGAGAACUGUGAACAUCCAGCAUCCACGAUGAAGAAGAGGUGGAGAAAACGGAAAAACUCUGCAGCAGACAUUACUUUAAGCCUUCCGGGACCUUCUAUUCCACCUGGAGAGAUGUCAGAAACUCUCAAAGAGAAAACAUGGAAAGUACCGCUAGAUGCAGCUGUUGCAGAUGUUCCUCUUGUUCUCUGCUCUUCAUCUUUAAACCCGAGUUUACCUGCAGAUUCAGUGGUGAAAACGAAGAAGAAGAGGGGAAGAAGACCUAAAGACCAGCCUGAAGCAACAUCUCAUAUUCCACGAACCAGACCAUCUUUGGAGUUCGAGGACUCAAAUCUGAACCCGAAACCUCCAGAAAAUGCGAAAAAACGAGAACAGAAGUCAAAGAUGGAUAAAUUAUCUGGUCAGACUCCAGAAAACACUCAAAUCUUCGAAUUCAAAGCCAUCAAGCAAGAAUAUGAUGACAGUGUGACAUCACAGCUUUUAUGUCACACUGAGGAGUGGGCGCCCCCCAGGAGGAAACCCCGGAGGAGACGGACGAGUGGAAUCAUCAGGACUGUCGGGAAGGUGAAGCAGCCUCACACUUUCAGGAACUUGCUCCCAAUUGAUCUCAGUGAGUCGGGGAAGAAAACCGACCGGCUGAGUGGUCUUGGGGAGGGUGGGGCCCCCAACGUCAACGCUCCACCAAAUAACCACGAACUUCUUCAUCAAACAAUGAACUCCGAGGUGCAGAGCCACCUUUGCUCUGUGUGUGGUCGCUCCUUUCGCCACCUGUCCGUGCUCACGCUCCACAGAUCGAUUCACGCUGAGGGCAAACCAUUGACCCGCCCCCCACGCAAAAAGAGGUAUUUGAAACCCCCCCAGCUGAGCUGUCCAUGCUGCGCCGCAGCCUUCAACAGCAAAACCCAGCUGCUCCUUCACCUGAGCCACGCUGAGAGCUGCACUGCACAACCAAGGGAGGGGGGGCAGCUUCACGGUGACAUCACCGCCUUUGCAGGGCAUCUCCCCACCCGCGGGAGGAGGAGGCACAGCUGCCCCACCUGCAAGAAAACCUUCAGGAGUCCUGCAGGACUCAGCCUCCACAGAAAGGUUCACACAAGAACCGCUUCCUCCACCGAAUCUUUUCAGGACCUGGAUCUGCGCCUACUCCCAGAAGCCCAAUCAGGACCCCCAGAAACCCAGUCAGGGCCCCCAGUAACUCAGUCAGGACCGCCAGAAAGCCAAUUAGGGCCCCCAGAAACCCAGUCAGGGGCCCCAGUAACUCAGUCAGGACCGCCAGAAAGCCAAUUAGGGCCCCCAGAAACCCAGUCAGGGGCCCUAGACACUCUGAAGUCUGAAAAACCACUCAGUGAACCCAAAGCUGGAUCUGUUGCCUCCGUGCUCUUCUCCUGUCCCACCUGCAGGCAGGUUCAUCCCCACUGGUGCCACUUUGUCCUUCACAUGCGUACGCACUCUACUGGCUGGUGUCGGCGCUGCGAUGUCUGCUCGCAGCAGGACCCCCAGGACGAGGAGCCCCCGAAGCACUGCUCCGCCUGCUGUGAGCUCAGCGGCGAGGCAGAGACCUGCAGGCGAAUGCUGAGCGGCUCCUGGAAGGAAGCGGAACCCGUUCGAGGAGAAUGCCAGCAUCCAGAGGAGGAGCAAACACGAGAAGGAUGGGAGUUUUCUCUUGGAGGAGGACCUGAUGAAGGAGUUGAUGUUCAACUAUCUUCUCCCUCCCCCUGCAGCUCUGCCUCAGUCGAGCAGGUGGAUGUCAGUCAUCCAUCAGUGAACCCUAAGUCCAACCAGGGAGCUCGACAGCUGUUUUUCCGCCCCCAAGCGAUCCUUCUGAGGCGCUUCAUGUGUGCUCGCUGGGGGAGGUGCUUCCCCCGCUGGAGCAGACUCCGAGUCUAUCGGGGUCUCCAUCAGAAACCAGGAAAAGCCUUCCGCUGCAGCAACUGCCAGCUGGACUUCCACUUCUUGGGUUCGUACCUGCUUCACUUACAGGAGCACGCUGCUCAGACGCCACAUGGCUGUGCGGCGUGUCCCGCCACGUUUGCAGAAGAGCACCAGCUGAGCUCCCACGUCUCAGAGUGCCGCGGACGGCGCCGCCGCAGGACGUGCAGCAGAUGUGGAAAACCGUUCUCCAGCCUGUUGAACCUGAAGAAGCACGAGCUGCUGCACAGAGGGGUCAGACCCUACGUGUGCACGCGCUGUCAGCUGCCAUUCUCCUCCUCCGCUGAUCUGACCGCCCACCUGAACGUCCACGAGGCACGGCUCCGCGUUCCCGAGCCCACGCCCCUACUAGAGCCGCUGUGCUUCCCAUACCCCUGCAGGAAAUGCAACGCCACUUUCUCCAGCGCUGAGCUCCUACAGGCUCAUCAGGUGUGUCACUUCACAGCAGCAAAGAGGUCUGAGAGACCUUCUGAAAGCCCCGCCUCCUACCUCACCCGCAGAACUCUGGAGGACCCUCAGAGGGGCGCCCUCGAGUCUCCGCAGGAACCACGCCCUCUACCAGUGAGCACCCGGAAACACCUGUUCAGGUAUCCUCAUCCUGACCGGCUGUACGUCGUCCCAGCGCCGCCCUCGGAGCCUGCCCUUCUGAUUUCAGACUCAGAAGAUGAGGUUGGAACCUCAGCGGAACCUGGAUCUUCCCUAGAAAAACCAGCUAGCUCGAGCAGACCCCAGGCCACAGAGGUUUCAGAAAUGGACCAGCUGGACCUCCUGAUUCAGUCCCUGAUCCCCGAGAGAGACUUCAGCGAGUCAGACAGCUGUUGUGAGAGUAAAGCUCCGCCCCUUUUAGUCUCGCCACAAAUGGACGAUAUGCACAGCUGUGCAAUCUGCACGGCGGCAUUCGCAGAGCUCUCGGAGCUGCACGCACACUAUAUGGAACAUGCACGGAUACUUUAACCAGUUCAGGUUUUCAGUGUUUAAUGUGACAAAAAGAGAAAACAGCACCCUCUACUGACGGCCUAAAGUUUUGCUUCUGCUGUGAAAGUUUUUAUUCUCUAUCUAGGAAACAUAUUUCAAAUCAAAUGAAUUUAAAACAGUUUUACAAAUAAAUAAAUAAAAACCUACUGCUGUAACAGAAAAACACAUCAUCUAUAUAUAUUGCACUUUUUAUGUCUUUUUUAAAAAUGUACAACUUUAACUAUUCAGCUUGUUUUUACAUGUGUGGCUUAAAAUAUGAAAAUGACUAUUAAAAUGAUUUUUUUUACUA